AUGUGUCAAGAAUGUGUUCCCGGUCUUGCAGUGGAUGGUUAUGACUGCGACUCGGAUUUGGAUUUGGAUUCUGAUGGCGAGUGCGCCUGUCCCCACGACCAUAAGGCGCAUAAGCCUGAAUAUGAAAACGAACAUCAACGCAAACAGCAACACAAACAUGAACAUGAACCGGCCUCUAUAGCCAAUCAAGAAGAGACAGGCCCUAUUCAAGAAGUGAAAUUCCCCUCCGACCCUUUCUUCACACGUCUGAUCAACGCCGCCCAUCAAAACAAAGAUGGAAUCAUCAUCAACGACAGUACACGUGGCCUAAAACUCAACUACUCCCAGUUUCUACACGAUGUGCAGAUGCUGCGUCUAAAAAUCCAAACUGCCAUUCCCUCCAGCCUGCUUGAUGCAACUGGGUCCUUCAAAGAUGGCGCUGGCUUCGUCGCCGUACUAGCCGAAAUCCAGUACCCUUUUUUUGUGGCGAGCUUGGCGAUUCUCUCGAUGGGAGGUGUCAUUGUCCCAAUGGGGCAUGCCCCUGAAGCAGAGCAAGUACUCGCUAUUGUAGAAGAAUCCAAAGCGGUAGCUCUAGUGUUUGAUCCUACCCAGGCGGACGUGUCAUCAGCCAUAUCGGAAGAGAAUGAAUCUCUAAUCCAACUCCCCAUCGAUAUCAGCCAAGCUCAACAGAAUUCUGAGGAGCAUGGGCACUUCCGCUUUGUGACGGCUUCCGCAGGCGAUCUGGCGUUUUCCGCUAAUCGUCCGGCUCUUCUUCUCUACGGCGGUAAUGGUGAACCUAACACGUUGACUCGCCAGAGCUUCUAUGAUCAGGCUACCGGUGGUUCAAAUUCAGCAACGGCGGAGAUGUCGGAUGCAAUGAUGCUGUGUAUGCUGAUUUGUUUGUCUUCUGGACCAGCGCCAUGA